AAAGCGACCACUUAAACCACCGCUACCACACCAACCAUCCAUGAACACUAUCAAUGUCAACUACCACACCAACCAUCCAUGAACACCAUCAAUGUCAACUACCACACCAACCAUCCAUGAACACCAUCAAUGUCAACUACCACACCAACCAUCCAUGAACACCAUCAAUGUCAACUACCACACCAACCAUCCAUGAACACCAUCAAUGUCAACUACCACAACAACCAUCCAUGAACACCAUCAAUGUCAACUACCACAACAACCAUCCAUGAACACCAUCAAUGUCAACUGGCUCUUGCAGUAUUUAAAGAGAAGACUUCCUGUUAAUUGUACAAAUAUUACUAGAAGUAGAAGAAAUGUGUGUAACCGGGCUGGUGCUGGCAAGAAGUGGCAGCAAGAGUAUUAGAAAUAAAAACAUGGUUCUUCUUGAUAACAAACCAUUGUUGCUGAGAUGUCUGGAAGUUAUGCAGGAAGCCAAGUGUUUUAGUAGCAUAUGGGUUAGCACAGAUGAUGACAAGAUUGCAGAGUGUGCAAAGGACGGAGGUGCCGAGGUUCACUACAGAGCACAGUACACUGCUGUUGAUAAAGCCUCAUCAUUGUGUGCUGUACAAGAAUUUCUCCAGCACCACCCAGAUAUCAGUGUUGUGUGCCUUGUGCAGUGCACUUCGCCCUUCAUUCGAGCUGGGUAUCUCCAUGAAGGAAUGGAUAAAAUGCAAAGUGGCUAUGACUGUGUUUUCUCAGUAACUCGGAGACACCUCUUACGGUGGUCUGAAGGGGAGCCGACAUAUCCUCUCAACUUUAAUGCUAGACAACGUCCUAGGCGCCAGGACUGGGACGGUGAUCUUUAUGAAAAUGGAAUGUUUUAUAUAUGUAAAGCAAGACUCAUUCAUGAAGGUCUUCUGCAAGGUGGAAGGUGUGGCUACAUAGAAAUCCCUCACUGCGACAGUUUGGAAGUCGACUCCCCUCUUGACGUGAUCAUCGCUCAGUCGUGGUUGACUUACUGUCAGCAAGAGAAUGGUUCACAACACCCAUAACCACAAACAUACAAGUAAUUAUAAUGCUCAGUUAUCAUAACAUAUUGACCCCCUUUUAUUAAUAAGGUCAGUACAGUAUACUAAUAUAAAUGAAUGAAUAAGAUAUAAUACUAAUUUACAGUUGGUCGUCUCGCCUAGUAGUUCAUCCAUUUGUAUUGAUAAGGUCACUACUAUUAUUACAGUGUACAGCAGCUCGGUUUGUUUAUAAGUAUUUUGUUAUUAAUGGGAUCAAUACUAAUAUAAUUAACAAUAUUCCAGUUAUUAUAGAAAGUUUAUUCCCUCAUACUAAUAACAUUAAUAGUUGUUUUGGCUAGUCUAUAGUUAUGCAGUUUUCAGUUUAAUGUAUACAGUGAACCACCCUCUAUUAUACACUACAGUACAGUAUUUAGAAGUUCUUACUAAGUAUUACUACAGUAUCUGUAUUUAAGUAUGGCAGUUUUAACACCCCAAGAUAAAUGAUAAGAGAGAGGUGUACAGUAUAUAGGUAGCUUGUGGCUGGGAUGUACAGAAAUAAUUCCAUACAUGCUGCUGGCUAUAACAGGGGGUUCAUCUAGUCAUAAUGAUACACCAGUGUAUUUAUAACCAUCAUUAUAUUUAAUGUUACUCUAGUUUAACCAGCCAGUGAUUUUGUAAUGAGUUAUUAUAUAUGAUAAAGGUUAUAAGACUUGUAGUUGAUGUAUUAAGCUGUUAGGCUGUUGAGGUUCUUAUACAGUAUUAAGAUGGUAAUAACUUGUGUCUGCUGCUUGGCUUAUGGUUUUGUCUCUUGUCGUAUAAUGGCUGAUUAGCUGUCAUUUCUUCGAUGAUCUCAUUAGGUUACUUAAAGCUGUGCAAGAAAAAAGAUGUGCAAUAUUCUCUUAUAUAUAUUGUAGCUAACUUAGGUUAUUGAUAUUAUUCAGUGUAGUACAGGCAACCACCGCGAUGCAGAAUCCUGGGUUAUGAAAAUUCGGUCUUACCAAAUUUUUAUAUUACGACCAAAAAAAUCGCCCUUACAGAAUUUAGGGAAAUUUUAAAAGUUUUCGAACAUAAAAUUGCUAUAUGUAUAUAACAAAGAAAUUCACCAAAAUUAAAAAAAAAUUAUUUUGUGUGGAUUCUUGAUGGUAGCUACAAGACGUUUGGAAAGAUGAUCACCUACUCAGCACCACGACAAUGGCGCUACUCAGUUUGAAUUCUUUCCCCAGGUUGUUUUCAGGACUUUUGUCACCCUUAUGGAAUUAUGGUUAAUUUAUUAAGAUUUUCAAAAGAAAAGAAAUAUCGAUAUAAAAACAAAAAUUUCACUGAAAUUAUAAAUUUUAUUUCGUGUGGAUUCUGCUGGUAGCUGCAUGAUCACUGGCUAGUGGCUCUGCUCUCCAGCUGGUAGCAGCCACCACAACAAUGGCGCUGUUCAGCUUGAAUUCUGUCCCCAGUUUGUGUUCAGUUAUGAAUGUGUUACAUAGGAACAUAAGAAUGGAGGAAACUGCAGCGGGCCUAUUGUCCCAUACUGGGCAGUCCCAUUUACACCCUACCCCUAUUGCUCAUAUAUCCAUCCAACCUAUGUUUUAAGCUAUCCAGCGUUACUGUGUACUCGUACACAAGAUGAGUGGUAAAAGGCCAUCAAAUUCAAGUGAAAGCAGUGGUGAUAAAAGAUUCCAUAAAGGAAUUACAUUGGACAUUAAACUUGAUGUUUUAAGGAGUUAAUUCCCAGUAACUCUGAUAGCACCACCUCACCUCACCAUCUCCUGCAGCACUCAACAUUAUUUUUGGUGAAUUAAAUUCAAGUGUAUACAUUUAUUUGUCAUGUUACAUCAUGAAUGAAUUAUUGUAUGUGUUUGUUUUCAUUUGUGUGUGUGCUUGUGUUACAUUUUGGGGCAGAAAAUUUUUUCCUUGGGAACACAAUCUCAACUUACAUAAUGGGAGUCAGUAAUGCAGAAUUUUGCAACGUGGAGUGCAUAUUGUAGCUAACUUAGGUUAUUUAUAUUAUGCAGCAUAGUACAGUAUUGUUAAACUAUAGUAGUCUGUGAUCUGUAUUUUUUAUUUAUUUAUAAUGAUGUUAGUACUUUGUCUUUAUAUAUAAUGUAAUGAAAAUAAAGUACCAACCUCCAGUCCCAAGGGCACAUCCAGUCCACCCAGCACUGGAUAGGUAUCUAACUUUUCAUUGGGGAAGUAAAAUUUGUCUAAUGCAGUGCUGGCCACAUUGCCUCCUUGUGUGUUGUAGGUUUAGUGCACAUUAUGCUGUGUCCACACUGCCAUAAAUGGGUCAUCAGGUCUGUGGGACUCACUUUCCUUUCUUUUAUCAAACUUGCAAACUAACAUAAUUACAUCUCAUUCUUUGAACAUUUCAUAAUGACUGAAUCAACCAUUUGGCUACAUUCAGUGAUUAAAAUAACUUCUUAAAGAAUAUUCAAUUGGUAUACAGGUACAGUAUCAGAUUUCAUUGUGACUUUGUUCAGCAUUUAUCUAACUAACAAUGAAACUUGAUCACAUUAAAUCAUCUUCACAUUUUUAAGGCACUUCUGAAUAGUCUUCCAGCACAAUAUUUGGCUCACCUAAACUAAAAAUAUUAUGAUGCGGUAGAACGAUUAAUUCUGAUGAUGAUUGAUCGUAGAGAUAUUGAGCUCCGGUGAAGUUAUUUCAUCAAUAUUAUGAAUGGUUGUGACUCUUAAAACAGACAAUCUAAUCUCACCUCAUAUUCACCUGUCUUAAUCAAAGAUAACCUAACUUGACCAAAUCAAUCAUCCAGACCUAACUCUUUAUAAAGUAAGUAGGUGUGGUAAUUGAAUCUUCAUUAUCUAUAGAGAAUCAGCUUCUUGCAUUAAAUAUUUGCAGUGUUGCAGUUUUCCUACUUAACGUCAGUAAAUUGCUUAUAAACGUAAUAAGUUUUUGUGGUAAAAUCAUCAAAUAAUGCAUCAUUGUUGUUCAUACAGUAUAUGAAAUUCAUUGCUGAAGCAGAGCACCACAGUAUAUAUUUUACGGUGUUCUUAAUUAUAUCACAAAAAGAGACUUGAAUGUUUAUUGAAUAUUAUGCAACUUUGAUAUUUCUAUGAGAUUAAAAAAUUUAAAGGUA